ACAAACAAAGGAGAAAGACGAAGAAGAAUGCGAUAGAGACGCAGGGAGGAAGUGUUUGAUUGUUUCUGUUGAUUCAUUUGCGACGCUUCUCUGUCCCUUUGACCGUACACAUACCAGGAUCACAAUGAAUCUGGAACGUGUGCCCAAUGAGGAGAAACUCACCCUAUGCCGAAAAUAUUAUUUGGGUGGCUAUGCUUUUCUGCCAUUCCUGUGGCUGGUCAAUGUAGUUUGGUUUUUUAAGGAGGCCUUUAUGAAGCCAGUUUACACUGAACAGCUGCAAAUCAAAAAAUAUGUGAAGCGGUCAGCACUGGGUUUGUUGUUAUGGGUAACAGUACUGACCACAUGGAUUACCAUUUUCCAGCGCUUCAGAGCAGAGUGGGGGGAGGUGGGAGAUUACCUCUCCUUCACAAUUCCACUAGGCAUUCCUUAAAAACAUUUUUCUAUGUUGGGUCUUUUAAAAGUAACUAAUGAUCCACUAAAAAAAGACCAAAGAGUUUUUCUUUAACUACAGUGAAAGAUUCUGGUGAAUUUUCUGGUCUAUGGAGAUACAUUUAAUGGCUGAUUUUCAUUGACAUAAUCCCCUAUGUCUUUAAAAUGUAAAUUCUCAAAGAGUUUCUUUUGUUGUGCUUGCCAAGGCAUUUCAGAAAGUUCUUUGACUUUCUUUUUUUUAAUUUUUUUUUUUACUUAAUUAACUUAGUUUAGUAGACAAUGUUUACAGUAUUGAAACAAUCUAAUAAUGAAGCUGGAUGUGCAUUCAGGUUUGUUCAGGACAUUAAACAUUAGAUCCAAGAACUUUUUUUGCUUUACUUUUUGUGGACUAUGAUGAUUGUGCACCCCAAACUAUUUGUACUUGUGUAUGAAUGAUGAAUACAAACAAUUCUGUAUUGACUUUUUGUUUGGCGACUGACUGGUGAUUUUCUCCAUAUACAGUAUAUACUCCUGAUAAUUUGCAUUGUUAUAGAGGCUCCUAAAGUCUGGACAAUCACUGGCGCCUGUUGUGAAACCCAAUAACUUAAUCCCUCCAAAUGUCGCCACUUCCCUAUCAUCCUAUAUGAGUCAUAACAUAAUCAGUGCCAUUUUUAGUCACGCCAGUCCAGUCAAAGCUUUAGUGACAGGUUUUGCAUUACUAACAGGGAGAACAUGUGCCUGCCAUAUAAACUGCUGACUUCACUGGAGUAUGCCAGGAACAACACAGAAGUAUCGGCAUGUACGGUUCUUUUAUGAUGCAGGGAGUCCCUUAAUAAAACUGAUUUACGGGGAAGUAAA